GGGAUCAAACCUAUGGCCUCUGCAAUGGAGCAGCCGGGGGAGAAGCCCGCAGCCGAGGCUGAGGACUGCGGAGAGGCGUGGGAUCUGCCGCAGGCUGCGGAGAAGUGCUUCGAGGACCGCAUCCGCCUGCUGCUCAGGCUAAGAGCACAGAAAAAACAGCAGCUCUUAGAAUACAAGUCAGUGAUUGAUGCAAAUGAAGAAAAAACUCCCGAGGAGACCAUGCAAGAAAAACAAAUGGAAGUUAAAAUUGAAGACCUGGAAAAGGAAAUUGAAGAUGUAAAAAGUAAUUUCGAAAAGAAAAAUCUGGCACUAAACAGGAUGAAACUUUCAGCUGCUCUUAGAAAUAACUUGGAGAAGAUGGGCACUGAGAGUAGUGUGCUCACUGAUGACAUGAAGCAAAUAUUAAAACUACAGAAGUUGAUAAUGAAGUCCCAGAAGGAGUCUGCGGAAUUAGAGGGAAAACUGCUUGACAUUAGAAAGAAGAGACUUCAAUUAAAACAAGCUGCAAAAACUAAGCUUUUCGAGAUACAAACUGAGAAGAACAAAGAGAAAGAGAAUCUGGACAACAUGGAAGAUUUGGAAAUGAUAAAGACCAUGCAGAAAAAGCUGCAGAUGGAGAUAAAGAUUACUACAGUCGUUCAACAUGUGUUCCAGGGCCUUAUUUUGGGGAGUCAAACCAACUGGGCAGAGGAUUCUGCCUUCAAGGAGAUUGUGCUGCAGCUGGAGAAGGAUCUCACCACGAUCUAAUAAGAAUCCUGCUUCGGCAGCUCAGCAGUGGUUUU